UGCUCUUCGGCAGACAGAUUAGGAUCAAACUGCUUUAUCCACGUCCUCAGUAAUGAAGUGGUUAACCUAGAAAUCUAUUAGGAAAAAAGGGACCCUUUUAUAUCUCCCUCUGCUGUUGUGGCUCAGGUUGAUUUAGCAUGGAUGACAGUGGACUGGCUCUCGUCCAUAGCUGACGAAAGCUGCUUAUCCCUCUGGUUGUCAUGGAGACUAGCAGGCGCAGCAGCGAGGCUGCCAGUGAGAAAGCCAGCAUCAGGCUUCUGCGGGGGUCUGCAGAAGAAAAACAAGCAGGAGCAGCAACCGCGGCAGACAUGGACUUGCAUUGUGAGUGCAGUGAGCCUCCGCUCACGGAGCCUCCGCCUUCAGGAAAGAUUAACAAGGCUGCUUUUAAAUUGUUCCGAAAGAGGAAAGCAGGCAGCACUGUCCCCAGUAUCUUUGGAAUGAAGAGCAAAGGGGAAACCAAAAGCUCCGGCAAAGCGGGGCUUGUGAGAAGCAGGACCCACGAUGGAUUAGCUGAGGCCGUCUUGGAGGGCAGCAGAAAAGAGGAAUCUUCCAGUAACGAUCACCUGAAUAUCACUUUGUGUGCAAAGGCUGUCAGUGGACCCGUGGAGGCAGCUGGAGGCCCGGUGAGUAAGUCGCUCAGCUUCUUUUCCAUUCUAAAAAAGAAUGGCAAAGCUGAAAGCAGCAGAGGGGAAAACGCAGAGCCUAAGGCGAGCUCUAAACAAAAGAAAGGACUAAAGGGACUCCUUAACAAUAUGCGCUGGCACAAAAAAGAGAAAAAUUCCAAAGAGGAAAGGGGGGAAGCAUCUGAUCCUCCUCUUGAUGCCCCCUGCCCAGUUUCCUUGACUUCUAGCCUGGAAUUUAUUAAGGAAGAAGUGCAGCAAGUGCCCGAGUCAGAGCCUGAGCUCAACACAAACAAGGAUGUGGAAGACGCAGUAUUGAUAGUACCGAGUGAGGAGCCACAAGCCGCCUCAACAGGGGACGCAACUGAGAAAACUGCGGAAUCCGAGGGUAUUCUUCCGGAUCUGUACAAGGAUGCAGAUGAGCAAGAGGGAGGGGAUGUGGCUGAAAGUGAGGAAGAGAGUCAAGGGCAAGUGGAAGCCUCCAAAGUUGCCAGACCAGAAGUUGAGGAUCUGCCAGAAGUUAUUACCAGCCAACUUUCAGAGGUGAGUUUGAUGCCUAACCCACAGUGCAGUGGUAGCAGUUCUCCAGAGAUUGUCCCGUGCUCUCCUGUACCUACCACUACUAUUACACCUCCUGAACUUUCAGGUAUCGAUCCCCCAGCUGAGCAAUGCAUUGAUCGCAUUUGCUCCAUGUUCACCGAUGUUACCUCUCUGAAGAGCUUUGACUCCUUGACUGGCUGUGGAGAUAUUAUAGCAGAUCAUGAAGAGGAGGCAGGAAGUGGGAAUGGCAUUAGCAACAGUGGGGCCUCCCUGGAGAAGGCCUUACAUCUAAAAAGUAAAGUGAAAUUCCCUCCCAAGAAGACCCAGAGCAGUGGUGUUGUGACCUACCAAGGUGGAGGUGAAGAAAUGGCUACUCCAGAUGAAGCUGAUGAAGCGGAUCUACAAAGAUUUUGGGAUAUCCUGCCACAAAGUAAGGAACGAGUGAAUGAGAUGAAGAAGGAGGGUACCCCAGAGGUCCAAAGCAAGAUACGUGAAAAAGAAAAAAGUGAAAAGAGUGUAGAGGGGGCAGCGAACAGUAGCGUCAUGAAAUCCUUGGGCCUCAGCAAAAUACCAAUCAGCGGUAACAGCCGCGUUAGUAAAACACAUAAAGAUGGGGAGCGAAACAAAGAGAGGGACAUGCAGGAGUGUGUCCCGAAUAGCGAUGAAGGCUACUGGGACUCCACGACUCCUGGACCAGAAGAUGAAAGUGGCAGCAGUAGAUUUGUACCUAAGGAUAGCCUGCCAAGAGACAGCUACAGUGGGGAUGCUUUGUUUGAUCUCUAUGGUGACCCAGAUGAAAGUCUUCCCGGAGUUGUUUCCGAUGAGGACGUGACAAGCACGUCUAUGUCAGGGCCUAAGCUAACACCAUCUUCUGAAAGUACAUUUCGCUCCCUAAAGGGAAGCACAAGCCUACCCAGAGACUCAAAGAUUCCUGUGAGCGUCAAACAAAUACCUUCUCAUUCUGCAAGUCAGGGAGCUCUAGCCCCUAACCUCACUUCGACAGGGCAUCACCAAGCAGCAAAAAGCGACCAACCAAGGACGAAGAUCCCUGUGGCCAGGGUUUUAGUGAAGAGGACCAGCAAUAAGCCUUCGGCAAGCUUAAUAGCAAAGCACGCGGCCUACCAUGACCACUUUAAAAAGUGACCAGAAAUGGUGGACAAGAUAGAGAGGGCGAAAAAUAGCAUCCAGUGCGAAAAAAGGUAAGAUGCUAAAAAACAAACUUCCGUCCAGAAACCGGUUCAACUCCAAGGAAUACAUUUUCUCUUAACCAUGAGACUGUUUCCGUGGCACGGAGGUGAUUAGAAAGCGGGGAGCUGCACAGCUCAGCAUGGAGUACUACUUUCACAUGCCUUUGCAAAUGCUAAACAGUAACAACAAAAGAACAUAAGCUGAAGUGCCAAGAAUCUCCCGUCCUAAAAACAACUGCAAAAAAUUUUAAAGCACAAAAUAUCUGAUUCUGUCUUAAAAAAUCCAGCACUGUAAACUGACAAUUAUUUAGCUCUGUGGCCAUAUGCAUAUGGGAACAGUGCUUCAGAUCUUUCAGGUUCUCAUUUUAACAGAACAGAAUAAAACAAACAAAAAAAAAAAAAAUCCUGCAAAACUGUGGAAAAAAAAAAUAAAUAAAGUGCUGAGCUACAUGAAGACAACGUCAAAGGUGAGGGGGAAAUCUUCUCAUUGUAGAUGGAAAGGAAAGCUUGCGGAUUUACAAACGGAAACUAGAUUCAAUUCAGGGGUCAGCCAGGAAGAGGCUCUCCGACAAACUCCCACAUUUACUACGAUUGUAACAAGCUUCAGGGAACAUUAGACUCAGAACUCCUGGGAUUUGCUACCAUGACACGUUUUUGAUCUUUAAUAUGGAAUUUGUACAAUAACAGCAGCAGCAAAAAAGACAAGCAAGUCUUUUUUUUUUUUUCCUUUUUCUACUGGAUACACUUAGGUACACCUUUCAAAUCAGGGGAUUGCGCUUUCUCGUAACACUUGAGUGGAUCACCCACUGAUCACAGGA